GCAUGCAUGUGCAUCACGGCGUACCACCAUUACUACUCCUACUUAGAGUAUAGUACUCCUACGACGUAUCGCGGAGGCGAUCGUGCCCGUGUCAAACAGCCGCGGCGCCUCUCCUCUCCUCUCCUCUUCUCGGUUUUCUCCUCCUCGUGCGGGAGGCGGACGGAGGAGGGAUCGAUCGUCCCGUCCCUCGUUCUCGUUGGGUGAUCGCGGGCGGCCAUGGGAAAGAAGAUCCAGUACGCGGUGGUGGCGCGGGGCGCGGCGGUGCUGGCGGAGCACGGCGCGGGGGGCACCACCACCAACGCCGGCGCCGUCGCGCGGCAGAUCCUCGAGCGCCUCCACGCCGCCGUCGGAGGCGCCGCCGCCGACUGCCGCGUCUCCUACACCCAGGGCCUCUACGUCUUCCACGUCAUGCGCGCCGACGGCCUCACCGCGCUCUGCAUGACCGACGACGACGCCACCGCCGCGUCAGGACGACGGAUUCCCUUCGCGUUUCUUGAAGAUAUCCAUGGAAAGUUUGUCAAGACGUAUGGUCGUGCAGCUCUCACGGCUCUUGCUUACGCGAUGAACGACGAGUUCUCGAGGGUUUUGAGCAAGCAAAUGGACUAUUACUCGAACGACCCCAAUGCCGAUUGCAUAACCCGCAUGAAGGGUGAAAUGGAUCAGGUGCGGAGUAUUAUGAUCGAUAACAUCGACAAGGUGCUCGAGAGAGGCGAUCGUCUGGAGAUGUUGGUUGACAAGACAACAACUAUGCAAGGAAACACGAUGCGGUUCAAGCGGCAAGCUCGGCGUUUCAGGAACACUGUGUGGUGGAGAAACGUGAAGCUCACAGCCGCGGUGAUACUCAUCCUACUGGCGAUCAUAUACAUCGUGCUGGCCUACAUGUGCCACGGCUUCACCCUGCCUUCCUGCGUCCGCUAAAUAAACCUUUGCUUACGGCAGCGACCUCCCAUCAUUGCCUCCGUCCCUUCUCUGUCUUCUCUCCGUGUCCAUACGAGGCAGCUUGUUCCAGGUUCCACUGUAAGAAAGAGCAUGCAGCUCCACAGCAGCAUUUUUUGUUCUCUUUGUGUAUAAAAUGGAAAAAUGAUUGAUUGCAUUGAGAGAUUGUUUUGCUUUGCUUGUGGAAGCUCGAUCGCUGGCUGCUGUUGGACUCCAACUCUCCAAACAUUGUGAAACAGAGGAACCAUCAUGCUAUACAUUUCCUGCACGUACGAUGGGGGUCAAAGGAUCCUCUUUUCUUAGUAA